UUCCUUUCUAUACAAGAAGGUGAAGAUGUGUGGACUUCCAGCAUUUACUUCCCUGAUGGUCACACAUGAAUUGGAAAAGACAGAAUGACUUCAUAUGAUAUGAAUUGCUAUCCCCGCAAGACCAUGUCAGGUGCUGAAGACAGUGCAGUGGAAGAUAUCUUACCAGAUAAUUCACCGUUGUUGACUCGUAAUAGCCAUCAAGAACCCAUUCCCCCUGUCAUCGAUGAAGACCAGAAGGGACUCAAGAGGAAUUUGUUUGGAUACUGGAUACUUGGGCUAUGCAAUAACUUCAGCUAUGUUGUGAUGCUCAGUGCUGCUCAUGACAUACUUGCAAGAAGUUGGAAUGGAGAAGAGGCCUUGCCAGCAUCUCAAAUGGCUGAGGAUGUGUCUGGUUCUGGGGGCAUGUUCUGCAGGGCUCCUCAUGGUGGGGCUUUCGACAUCUCGAGCUCAGGCUUACUCUGGAGUUGGGCUUGUAUCCUUCAGUGGAGGAUUGGGGGAAGUUUCCCUGCUUUCCUAUUCGACUACAAAGAGGUUCAAUCACGGAAUGUUGUAUCUACGUGGUCAUCGGGAACUGGAGGGGCUGGCAUCAUGGGAGCAUUGACAUAUGCCGGAUUGACUGCAUUGGGAAUCAGCCCUCGAGCGAGUGUCCUCUUGGUCCUCGUCGUUCCAUUCCUCUAUGGUCUCACGUAUGAUUCAACCAUGACUUCCAUCUUUGUGUUCUUCUUCAUCCUGGUCCAUCCUGAGCAGGAAAUAGAGAGAAGAGAUGGAGUAGUGCCACUCUCAUUGAAGAGGAAAUUCCAAUACAUUCCAUCAUUAUUGCAUCUCAUGUUACCUCUCAUGCUAGUCUAUGUUGCAGAGUACUUCAUCAAUCAGGGCUUGUUUGAACUCGUGUAUUUUCGAGGAAUCAGCCUGAAUCAUCAUGAGCAGUACAGAUGGUAUCAGGUAGAUUACCAGAUCGGUGUCUUCCUCUCACGUUCAUCUGUCAACAUCUUCCCCAUCAGGGCAACUUGGAUCCUCACUAUACUUCAGUUUGGUAACGUCGUGGUGUUCUUCCUGGAGGCAUAUUAUGCAUUUCUACCAUCGAUAGCCAUCGUUUUUGUUUUGAUCUUCUUUGAGGGCCUCCUCGGUGGAGCUGCAUAUGUGAACACAUUCUAUCGCAUUUCCUCUGAGCUGGAGGAAGGCCCAGUGAAGCCAUUUGCCAUGUCAAUCACAACCACUUCAGAUUCAAUGGGAGUUGCCCUUGCUGGGUUCAUAUCCAUUCCCGUUCACGAUCUCCUCUGUCGGACUCCACUCCCCGGCCUUCGUUCCCGGUGACUUGCGAGUCUCAGAUUUUGACUAUCAAGUUUAUCUCCAUGCAUUUAUAGUAGAUCAGCAGUAAGACUGAUCCAGGCUUCUAUUUUGUGCUCCUGCUGAUCUGGUUUUCAAGGUAUUAGCAAGUGCUGUAAGUCCAUGAGGUGUAAGUCUAACAUGUGAUGUUAAGAAUGGAAGCAAAUCAUUUUCACUGUAGUCUCCUCAUGGCAAAACCUGCAUCCAAGUAUCUCCAAGGUUUUGCUUUUGCUUGUUGACCCAGCCUUUGUGAUCUGUGAACCAUUUUGAUUUUUUUCACCCUGUUAUUUACACUUUUGUCAUGUUAUUGUGAUUGGUUUUGAUGGCUGAUGGUAUUUUGUAUCUCCUACUUCAAAACAGUUUUUAGACCCAAGGGAAUUUGGCCCUCAUGUUUUGAAUUAAGGCAAAAAUUAAUUUCUUGCCAGCUAUUUUGUCAUAUCACUGGCAGAUGUAAAGGACAUCAAGGCUACAUUAUGCUACUUGAUUGCAACAAUUUUCCAAGAAGAAUGGUACUGUCUUGAGCAAGGCAUGGGAAAAGUUAACUGCCAUAAUUACUUGCAUAAGACCUGCACCCUUAUCUUCAGUGUCAACCUAAUGGGAGGAAAAAGUCCAAGCAUAUCACCUGCACAUAUUUACAUAUAUUUUAAAGUGGUUUCUCAUGGGCCAUUCUGGUGAAAUUUGGGUUAAACCAGGUGAACUAUAAAGAUGUAGCUGUCUAUGUAUUCACUGGAACAGCACUGCCAGCAGAGCACACUCCCAGAAAACUCUGACCCAUGGGAAAUCACCUGUAUGCUGGAAGAUCAAACCUGUGGGCAAUGAUGCAGGCUGGAACCUGAGCUCAUUUGCAAUGCACCUUAUUGAUCCUAGUGAUAAACUAUUGCAAAUACAGUAUCACCACAUCAACAUACUGGUACUCUUAUUCUUACAUUUGUAGAGAAUCUUAAUACCCUAUCCCAUAGUUUUAUGUAGAAUUUUGGAGGAAAUGGUGCAGGGCUUAUGUGAGUAAAUUCAAUAUCCUUUCCUUUUGCCAUUUUUUGCAAUGAUGUGCCUUUUCAUGUGAUGGUAUCUUCCAACCUUGUAAAAUGGUGAGAAGGAAACACUGAAUUUCAUCUCAUGGGAGAAUGAAGUGAUGUCCAAUCUGUGAAGAAGCACAGAUUUGUUCUCAAAGAGAGUUGUUUGUUGCUAGCCAGAAAACGGAGUUAACUCCACAUCUGGUCUUGGUCAAUAGUUUUACAUAGUUUCCCAAAUUAUAUCAUUAGAUAGAAACUCUUGUAGAUUGAAUUCUUCCCUCUGCAUAAGAGCAAGUACUGGGUACAGAGAGAGAAAAAUGUAUUUAAAUUUAUUAUCAAGAAAUCGAUUAUUGCUAUAGUUUUGUUAAUUCCAGGAUAUAUGCACCUAUUGCAUCAUCUUGUCUUCUAUAGCGAAUAUUUUUUCACAAUUUCUCCACCUGGUUCUACCACAGAAGCACUUUGAAGGUUAACAGUAAAAUAUUUCAGAAUCCUCACCCUUUGUUGGUCUCUCCCCAAAUGAGAGUUUGCACUGACUUCCUUCAAAGACCAAGUCUUCAAUUAACCAUCCAGGUGCAAGCCCAGCCUGUCAUGCAUCCACUGAGUCUUCCUGGGUUUGCAGGGAUUUAAUUCAAAAACUUCAAAGUGCUUCUACAGCUAGAGCAGAAAGGGGAAAGCUCUGAAGAAAAAAAAACAUUUGUGAAAAAUUGUUUAUGCAUACAUGUUGGAACAUGCACAACUGUAGCUUUCACAAAUUUUUCAAAUGCAAGCAUCCCAACAAGAAAGCAUUUUUCUCUCUGCACCCAGUUUAUUACAUGAAGGAGUGAUGCAAUCUUGCCAUCACAAACACAAGGACAAGCAUGAAGAUGCAUUCCGAUCAUUGACUCAACAUCUCUAAGCACAUUUUUACAUCCUACCUCUCUUUUUUUUCUUUUUUUUACUGUGAUAACCCACCCAACGAUCUUAUGCUCAUACCAUUGUAGGUAUCACUUGAUUACUGUUGAAUAUUUAUAAUCAGUUAAGAGGAAUUCACUUAUUUACUUUUUCACAUUCUGGCAUAUAGAAGGGAGUGCAAUGUUCCUUUAUUAUCUUAGAAAUGGUGAUUCUCAAGGUAUCUGGAUGAUCAAUGUGGAAAGUAGAAACUCUUCACAAGGUGAUCACUUACGUUUCUAACUUCCUUCCAUGUGCACCUCUCCAUUUUGACAUCACUACAUUCUCCCAAGACAUGACCUACUCAGGGGUCGGGAACCUAUGGCUCAUGAGCCAAGUUUGGCUCAUUGAGUCAUGGCUGAAAAUCAUGGU